AUGCAAUCAACUAGUUCCAACACCAGCGCCAAGCCAGGAGGAGGAGGAGCUACCACCAGUAAACUCAAAUCGUUCUUUCGAACAAACUCAAAAGUGGCACUAAUUGAUACUUCCCCAUUAUCUCCCACAUCGUCAAUAGCAACCUCUGUAACAUCCACGUCUUCCCCAUCACGGUCCAGAUCACAUUCCCCGCAAUUGUCUGCUACACUGCAGUCACCAGUACGACCGCUACUUUUCUUGCACAAACGAGUCAGCACCAUUGAUGAACGAGAAGGAGAUGAGAAUGAAGAUGAGGAGAAAGAACACGGCGAGGGCGAGGGCGAAAAUGACGACGACAAUGGUGAUGAUGAUGAUGAUGACGACGACGAUGAAUGUAGUGAUGACGAAGAUGGUGAAUACUCACAAGAAUUAGACAGCGACGACGAACAAGAAGAGGAUCAUUUACACCCUAUAAAACCCCGAUUCCAAUCAUCCAAUGGCAAUUUAGCCAAGCAUUUAUCAACAAUUAUGGGAUAUUGUGGCAUGAGUUCGUUAAUGACUGCCAACCAGCAACAAUUAGCCCAGGCGGCUAAUGAAGAGUCAAAACGGACCUAUUCAUUAUUAGGACAUCAUAUCAAGAUUCACAAACUAAGUAGUUCCAUGAAUGACAAAACAUCAGCUAUUAACGAUGGUCAAAUUCAAUUGAUUAACCUGUUGUCAACCAAAUUGACGGGAUUGUUCGAGGAAAAGAAUACAGGCAGUUUACGUCCCAGCAAGGCCUCAUCAUUGUAUGACAAAUACGGUGUAGUGAGGAAUCUUAUCGGGAAAGGAGCAUAUGGAGUCAUCAAGAUUGUUGACCCCAAUACCACCAGCAUUAAAACAAAUACUAUCCCCACCACAAGACAAAAGUUAUUCGUGGUUAAGGAACUCAAACGAAGAAAAGUCAAGGAAACAGAUGGCCAAUUCAUCGAACGGAUACUUUCGGAAUUUGUGGUGGCAUCGACAUUGAAUUAUAAGCAUAUUGUUGAAACUGUCGAUUUAAUGGUUACACAAUAUGAUGGAGAUAUCAAGCUAAGCCAAGUGAUGCAAUGCAGUCAAGGUGGUGAUUUGUUUACUUAUUUCACUACAGGACACACCAUAACCAAUCGACCAGUGACAUUCAUGUCAUUAUACGAAGUUGACUGCUUUAUCAAACAAAUAGCAAAGGGGUUGAAGUAUAUGCAUAACCAUGGUGUGGCCCAUUGCGAUUUGAAAUUAGAAAAUAUUCUACUAACAUAUGAAGACAUACAAACCGAUAAAACAAGAAUCACAUUGAAAUUGUCUGAUUUCGGGAAAUCCUUUGUGUUUAAAACAAAGUAUGACAAUAAUGAACAGUUAAUACCAGGAGAGCAGGGCCCGAUUGGAUCAAACCCAUACAUGGCUCCCGAAGAACACAUUUCCCACCAACUUAAAAAGCCAUACUCAUCACGAAUCAAAGAUUAUUGGGCGUUCGGAGUACUUAUAGUUGUAUUACUAAACAUCAGACGUUAUUACUAUUCAGGUAUAGACGGUGAUUUUGAAAGCCGAUUCUUGGCUCGUGGAGCAAAUACUGGAUAUCUCUGGCAAACUACCGAGCUUAAACAUCAUCAUCAUAUUACUCCAUCCAUUCACCAGCGUGAUUUCCAUGAUAAAAUGUUCAACAUGUAUGUUAAAAAUCGCAUGAUUACCGACUAUGAUAACAAAACCAAGGAAUGGUUGAUUAAACAAAAGUCCAAGUUUCCUGCCAUUGAUGAUAUUUGUAAAUUGGCACCUAAAGUAGAUACCAGUGUUGAUGAUAGCAGUAGUAUCGAACAAGAAGUGGAACAAGACGAGGAAAAUGGGGAAGAGGAAGAAGAAGAAGAAGAAGGUGAUGAAUUGAAUGAACUCCGAGUGUUGAUUAUUUACAAAUUGCUAGACGUUGAUCCUAAACGCCGUAUGAGUGUUGAUGAGUUCUUAAAGAGUGAUUGGAUGACGUCUACUGAGGCGUGUUCGUAG